AUGCCCAAAAGACAAAACGUCCAAAAGACAAAAUGUCCAGAGGACAAAACGUCCAUUUUUUCAAAUCGCUCAAAAAGUCCAAUAAAAAUUAUAGAAAAUCUAUGCAACGCCACAUGGAGUCCAAAUUUACUACGAGAAUUGCAACUAGAAAAAUGUGUAGAAGAAGGAGAAGGGGAGGGAAAUGGCUGUAAAAAUGAUUCUUUUUAUUGUGAAAAUAGUAGCGGAUAUUGUUGCCCCAAAAAAGAAUUUGUUUGUCAUAGCCCAGCAGAUUCUGGACACGAAAAUUUUCAAAAACAAUUUUUACAUUUUGGACGAUUUGCUUUUGAUUUACAAUUAAAUGAUUGUAUUAAAUUUAGUUAUUUUGGGGAAGGAGGUAAUUUUAAUAAUUUUUUAAAAUAUGUAGAUUGUAAAAAAUUUUGUAAAGGGGAAUAA